AUGUCCUCCAAAGUUCCUACGUCGCAAGGACCGUCGUCUCUGCCACCAUCGGUGUUCACGCUACCGCAAACCGCUCAGCUUGAAGCGCUUUAUACGAUAAUCAGAGACAAGAACACUAGGAGAGGAGACUUCUUGUUCUACUCAGAUCGCAUCAUCAGGUUGCUUGUCGAAGAAGGGCUGAACCAUCUUCCUGUAGUGCCCAAGACGAUUGAGACACCCACUGGAUGCUCAUAUGAAGGUGUGGGAUUCGAAGGCAAGAUUUGCGGCGUUUCGAUUCUACGUGCCGGCGAGGCUAUGGAAGCUGGUCUCCGUGAGGUGUGCCGUAGUGUCAGGAUCGGAAAGAUCCUGAUCCAGAGGGAUGAGGAGACCGCUCAACCGAAGCUCUUCUACUCUAAAUUUCCCCCCGACAUAGCGCAACGUUACGUCCUGUUGCUCGACCCUAUGCUCGCGACUGGAGGUUCUGCCAUGAAGGCUAUCGAAGUCCUCAUGGAGCACGGUGUUCCCGAGGACAGAAUCAUCUUCAUCAACCUCAUCUCUUCUCCGGAGGGACUUAAUACGUUCUGCAAGAAGUAUCCGUUGGUCCGCGUGAUCACUGGAUGGAUUGACCAAGGGUUGAACGAGAAGGCGUAUAUUAUCCCAGGUUUAGGCGACUUCGGAGAAAGGAGGCAAGCAUCAUUAUUAUGUCCUUAUUUGUAG